CAAUAGUUCUGUGGGCCUUUAGAAGCAGCCCUCUUUUAACCGCCAUGUACUCUCCAACUCUCGACACCGCCUGGAGCGUGAUUUAGCUGAUAAAACCCUAAUUUCUUGGAUCUGCGUCGGAGUUCUGUUCGAGUCAACAUGAGUAGGCCAAUGGAAGAGGAUACCACCAACGGAAAGACGGAAGAGGAGGAGUUCAACACGGGACCCCUUUCUGUACUGAUGAUGAGUGUUAAGAACAACACUCAGGUGCUCAUCAAUUGCCGCAACAACAGGAAACUCCUUGGACGUGUUAGAGCUUUUGACAGGCACUGCAACAUGGUUCUCGAAAACGUCAGAGAAAUGUGGACUGAGGUUCCUAAAACUGGAAAAGGAAAGAAGAAGGCUCUUCCCGUCAACAGAGAUCGCUUCAUCAGCAAGAUGUUUCUCCGUGGGGACUCUGUCAUUAUCGUCCUCAGGAAUCCCAAGUGAGAGAGAGAGAGAGAGAUGUCACCUGCUUGUACUUGUUUUUUUCUCAUCAAAAUCUUUAUGGUUGUAUCAGAGGAGAUAACAUCUUUGACUAUUGUGUCUUAAAUCUAGCGCUUCCUUGUAUUUUUUGACUUCCUAUCUCUUAUGACUAAAGAUACACCGUUGAGUAA